AAUCGCUUAUUCCAGCGAACCAUGGGCAUGGGGGUAGGAGACCUACCUUAAUUUUGAGGCUAUAUAUAGGGUUGAAUCUGUCGAAAACUGGUCUUUAGAUAUAGUUCACAUCAUGUAUGCACACAGCAGAUACUUCGCCCCAGCGGUGGUUGUAAUACUUACCUUAUUCGUACUAGACACGGAUCAAACUUUAUUUUCUAAGAAAAAAGUUCAAGUGUCUGCACCCGUUGAUCCAAAUGGCCAAUACACUGUACAAGUUCCACAAAAAGAGCAUUGGUGGCAAGUGAAUUAUGUUCCAGAGCAACAAAGUGAGACAGCUGGAACGAGUCAUGUUUCUGUCGCCUUGCCGUUGGCUAAUUUACACCACAAAUUACAAUCAAUUAUUGAAGCUCACCACUCAGAUAUAAAAUGGGUACCAUGUUUAUGUCCGGUAAAAAAAACCGAAAAAUUCGGCGGAUUAUUCCAUCAUUCUCCAGCACCUCCAGUACCUCAAGAACAAUCUAUUCCAAUCAACAAUGCACCGCGGUAUAUUGUGGCUAAUUAUCCGAUUGAACCGUAAUAAUUUAACACUUAUUUAUUUUGCAACAUAGAAUUUACAUUUUAGUAAAUUCGUUUCACAUUGGAAUCCACGCAUUUGGCAUUUAUAUAUUUUCUUUUAUAUAGAUAAAACUGGUUUAUAUGAUAGGAAUUAUCAGUAUUAUUUUUUCUACCAAAAUUAAAAAUUGCUUUUAACUUUUCAAUUUAAAGAGUUGUACAAAUACUUAAACAUUAAAUAUUAGUUUAGGAGUAUAACUAAAAAACAAAAUUAGUUAACUGAAGGAAAAUUAUUUCGAAUGAUUUUGUUAAGUAUUAAUUUUAUUUAUUAAUCUUAUAAUUUAUUAUUUAUUUAUUUAUUAUAUAUUGUUCUUAGAUGUUUUAAUGCAUAAAAGUUUCUUAUUGAAAUAAUUAUACGUCUCUAUGUCUUUGAAAA